CACUCUCCCCAUUUUGUCCUCUAAGUCACAGUACGGAGAGAGAAGGAGGCAGCGAGAGAGGAGAGAAGAGGAGAGAGGGAGGGAGUAUAGUGAGAGUCUCGGACUGGUUAGCCUACCUAUCCACUAGGAGGAGAGGAGAGGCAGCCGAGCAGCAGCAAAACAAUAAACACCCACUACUACAAAUCACAUCGGCGGAGUUCACGGCGCACGCAAUCAAAAAGAAAGAAAGAAACAGGAGUAAUACUAAGAGACAACUGAGACAAAACGCCAUUGUGUUCGGCCGGGAGUGAAGUCACACAGCCAUGUAUCUCAACAGGGAAGAGGACAUCAGCAAAGGCUCGGUGUCCCUCAGUGUGUUCCUGGUCUCCCUCGCAGUGACGGUUUGUGGAGUUUGGCUGGUGGCUCUUUGUGGCGUCUGUGGUUGGUGUCAACGGAAGCUGGGAAAGAGGAACAAGCCGGGAGUGGAAACAGCCGACACUCCAGACUCUGCACGUGGGCGAGGGGAGAAGAAAGCCAUCAAUGAUCUAGACAGAGACUUUUGGAAUAACAAUGACAGCAGCACAGUGCAGCAGAGGUGGAGCUCCUAUCCGCCCAAGGAGUUUGUACUAAACAUUUCUCCCUAUGCCCCAUAUGGAGAUCCUCGCCUCACGCUCAAGUGAGUCUUGAUCCAAGUUUGGUAAGAGACUUCCCUCUGAGCAGGGCUGUAAUGAGGCAGGGGCAGCACUGCUCUCUUUCUAUUUCUCAUUUCCCUUUUUCUUUUCCUAUCUUCUCCUUCCCAUAUAUUCCCUUCACCUGCUUUGCUGUCAUGACCAUUAGCAAACACAUCCAAAUUAUGAUUGGAUGUGGAUAAUUUCCAAACGUAAAGACCAAAUCUUCUCACAGAUAACGGGAUAUUUACUGUAACACCCAUUUUAUAAAUGCAAUAAAAAUGUGCAUAUUUGUUGACCUGCUUUUGUUACACAACGUCAUUUCCAUCAUCGGUAACAACAACAACAACAACAACAACGAUGGUAAUAAUAACCCGACCACUAUUGGCACACUGGAGGGCACAAAUGAUUGCUAAUGAUGGCUCUGGUUGGGAAAUCUGAGCACAGCAAAUGCCACUUAUGCACAUUAUAGCAUCCUGUUAAAGGCAUUUGUCUAUUAGUGCAUCAACAAAAUAGCACAGUCAUAAAGCCCCCCAGCAUGUUUCUGCUGCUUCUCUUCAUAUUGCGCCUCGCAAAAGUAUGUACAUCCUUUCAUAUUUCAAAAAAUAAAAAUAAAAGCAACACAAAAUAAAGCAUAAUUGUGAAUUGGAAAGAAAAUUAUAAAUUGUUUUAAAAUAUUGUGGGAAGAAAAAAAAAGAGUGAAAAGGCAGUUGAGCAUUUGAACCCACCCCAUUUUACUCUGAUGCCUGUAUAUACAUUUUAGUGCAGUCAGUUGUCAUCUAAUUAGCUUGAUGCUUGUUUGUCUCCUUUUUAAUGUGAAGACCUGAGAGGUAAACGAGGUCAGACAAGUCAAAGAGCCAAGAGUCCCAUGGUAACUAUGGAAGAGCUGAGGAGAUUCACAACUUAAAUGAAAUGGAGGAUAAUGCUUCAGAGGGUCAAUGAUCUUACACAUACAGCCACAUUUACAGGGUAGUAGUUUAGAUUAACGCAUACUCUUGUUUGAAUGGACUAGACAAAGUCCAGACCUUCAUGAAUGAUUUAUAAAAGAUGUUUGCAGAUGCUAUUCAUCUAAUCUGGCUGAGCUUCAGCUGCUUGGAAAGACGAAUGAGCAUAAAAUUCAAUUUCUUGAUGUGCUACACUGAUGAAGGUAAAAAGCGAUUUUAACAAAUGUUGUUUAAAUGCAAAUCCAUGCAACAUAUUUCAGAUUAACAAUACAUUUUCUGCCACUUUACAUAUGUUUUAUUUAGUGUUGGUCUUUCCCAUAAAAUCAAAGUAAAACACAUUUCAGUUUGCCAGCAUCACCCGACAAAGGAGUGUGAAUACUUUUGCGAGACCACAUGUAAUAUCACCUUUAAGUGACGUUCAGACGCCCCCUCACUCUCUACAGCCCUGCUGUUCCACACUAACUCCUGACCUAUAACCCCGCCCCUCUCUGCCCAUGGUGUGACCAUGGAGACGGACAACCCUCAUUUUCCUCCUCUCGAAAAACACUUUUAACCAACCUUUCUCGAUGAUGUUUGAAAUCUGCCUGUUUCUUAUAUCUGUGUGGCGUUGUUGUGGUUGCUUUUGUUGUGGAGGGUUGACCGUUACCACCAGGUUGCAGUGUGGUGACAGUUCUCACCUGUACUUAACAUCCAUUUGUGGCUUACUCUUGAAUUCUCCCCCCAUUGAUGUAAUAUCAACAGUGUGUGCUGCACUAACAUUGAGUCACUUGAACUGCAUCUGCUCUCUGUCAUUUUUGGGAGACAAUAUAACACUGUUUUCUUUCUCCUUAUUGCUAUAAAAGUAUCACUUAAUUCCAGUGAAACUCCAGCAAGGUCACCUCUGGGCCCUGAGAGGACAUUCCAACUCUGGGAACUGAUCUGACAAAACUCCUUAUAAUUUGUCAUCUUAACCAGAUUGCCCGGAAAAAAAUCAGUAUUUCAGUAUUUGAGAAAGCAUUCGAGUUUUUCAUUUGUUUCCUAUAAACAUCUGAGUCAUUAGGUCCUGCCUUUAUGUGUGAAAAGUGGUGAGUUUUCUCUUCGACACAGUUAGCAGAAAUAAUCUGCUAAAUCACUGGUGUGUGGGCCUGAAAAAAAGUGACAUUCAGUCAAAGUGAGACUAUAUAAUGAUAAGUUUCUCACAGGGAGAGACGAGGGCGACCUCUUGACUCCCACCAAUAAUACGUGGCUAAAGCCAACAGACAGCUGGGAAAUCAUUUCCUUUCUGAGACUCCCUCAAGACGAGCAGCUUUCCGUCAUCGUAAUGACACCGGGCCUCAUUUAGUCAGUCUCCCUGUAAAAAGGAUUUAGUGGAUUUAAUAAUAAUUUUUAAACAUUUUCAACAGCCAUAACAUUCUCUUCACAAAAGGUUAUAGCUACGGAAAUAUUAAAGUCAUAAUUUAAUAAAACCUGUUCAGGUAAGGAAAUUGUAUUUUUACUGGCUUCCACUUUUAUUGGCAACCCAAGUGGAGCAGUGUAAAAAAUAACAAUUAUUUUAAACGUUUAUCGAAGUGACAGACAAUAAAAAUCAGCAAACCCAGCGUUUAUUUUAAGUACUUAUAGCCAAACUGUCUAAAAAUUGCACAAACACAUGCACACACACAGAAAAUCAUCAUUCCGGUGCUGAAUUCAUAGAUCUUGGUUUUACUGCCCUUCAAUUUGCCCCUUUUGCAAGUUAGUAACAGUGAUUCUUAAUGUCUUUCUGUCACUCGCUACCUCCAUUUGUACCUUUUUCAAACCCAUAUGUAUUCUAAUAGCUUUUGGCUCCAAACCUGGAUAGUUUUUAUAAUAAAAUAAUAAUAAUUAAAAAAAACUGUAAUAUUUAUGCAGCAGUCUGUCCACUCUGAGUGAAAUUUGGAGACACGAAAGUUAUAUUUGAAUUUCCAAAAUAAUCCUACUUGUUUCUGCUUGUGUUAAAGAGUAAAUAUGCAUUCACCUUGUGCUCUGCUCAGAUGAGGCUUGUGUCCCGUCCUGACCAUCGCACGGCUAAAGUUGUGAUCGAUAAUGUAUAAAUAUGCAGGAUUGUGGCAGGUAGCGAAAGUCAAAUUUGAAAGGUGACCCUGGUGCAAGUUUAAUACCCUUAGCUCACAAGCAUGCACGGUGAAAUGCAAAGUCUUAGGAGCCUGGCGUUUUGUGUCUCCUGGAGCGGAGAUGCCAUGCAUAUUAAUGAAAUGCAGUCAUGUCACCAGAGGGCACUAAUGUUCUUUUAAUUUUGAUCACCACUACACCCGUUUUGAGAUUAAAUUUGAGUUGACAUCUGCCUUUAAUGGGGACGUUGAUUAAUUCCGGUACCUUGUGCCUGUUUUUGAAGGCCGGUGUGAUUAGCACAAGACUUUCUGCUUUGCGUGUAUCUUUCUGAAUAAUGUCACAGACUCUUAAGUGCUGCCUAAAUGACAAGUAGAUAUUUCAAAAGGGAUCUUUUACACAUCAAGAGUGGCUUAUGAGCACCAAAUAUUUCUCAUGACAUUAUAGUUUAUUUAAUAAGUAGCACAUCUCAAGGCCUAGAAGCUCAAAUUAAAUAAAAAGGAAUAACUAAAAAGCCAAUCUGCUCACUUUUUCUGCUCAAAUCUGUGUCCUCUAAGCCCAGAGGAGGAACUUGUUGCUGGUUUUUCAUCCUUCACAGGCUACCUCUAAAUCCCUCUCCUCCUCCUCUUGCUUCACCUAACCGUCCUCUCCCCAUCCCUGUCCUAUUCCACGCUGGACUCCAGACCACUUUCAUUCACCUGCUUUCUAUUUGACCUUGAAACCUGGGUCUGCUCCUUCACACAGUCCACCGAUCGGUCUCACCACCUUAACCAUGUGGUUUCUCAAUCUGUUUUUUUUGUGUGUGUCUGUGUGUCUCUCUCACUCUCUUUGGUCUUUCUCUUCUCUGCCCAUCAUUGUCCCCCUCUUCUGAACCCUUUGUCAACUUUGGGAUCUCUACAUCAUCUCUUG